AUGGCGUACGGUAGAAGAAGACGACAAAAUCAGGCACAGGGUAGUGAAGAUGUUCAGGGUCCUAGUAGUGCACUUAGUGCCUUUCUUAGAGAGCAAGGUAUUAAUGCUGAUAGUGUUAGAUUGAGAUAUGAGGAUAAUGUUCGUAGAGAGCAAGAAAUGAUCGAGAGGCAGCAGCAAUUGGAGCAGGAGCAACAAGAGCAGGAGCAACAAGGGCAGGAAGAGCAAGGACAGUCUGGAAAUAUUCUUAACGACAAUCUUACUGAUAUCGGCGAAGCCAGCGGAUUAGAUUCGGAUGAAGAGGUUUAUGAGGGCGAUGACAAAAAUGAUACUGAAGUUGCUUUGAUAAAGGAAAGAGCCCGAGCCAAGCGAAGAAGAGUUGAUGGAAAUGAUGCUGCUGGUUUCAAUGCAGAUCAUGGCGUAGGGAAAAACUACUGUAUUGAGUGUGAUAAGGAGUUUGCGAUCUCGGUAUAUUCGAAGAAAAUGGAGAAGUACGGCCGUGUUGGCUAUCUUUGUCCGUCAUGUACAAAGAUUGCAAUUCGAAGAGAGAGAUUGGCCAAGAGAAAUGAGAUUGAAGCUCGGAAGAAAAGAAAGAAAAUAGCUGCGGCGUUGCUUGAUAAGCAAGCUUUUAGACUUCCAUCGCUGCAGGAUUUUUGCAUUAAGAUCAUUACCGAGAACAUCAAUGAUGUUGAUCUUCUUGGUGACAUUGGUGUUAAUAAUAGAAAGAAAAUUAGUCGGAUCUUGGCAAAGAAGCGGUCACUCGAUAGUAAAACAAUGCGAUUGUUUCUUGAACCAUCUCUGAGGGAACUUGAGUUUUGGGAUUGCUCAAAGAUUGAUAAGGCUGCUCUUGGUCAGAUUCCGGCAAUUUGUCCCAAAUUAGAAUCGCUCACUUUGAACAUGUGUGGUCAUCUUCACAAGGAUAAUAUGCUUUACUAUGGAGAAAAGCUUACCAACUUACGGUAUCUCGAUUUGAACGGACCCUUCCUUAUUAACGAUCAAAUUUGGCAGGAUUUUUUCGAUAGUAAAGUGGGUAAGAAUUUGACAGCUUUCCAUCUAAGAAACACUCAUCGGUUCACAUCCGACUCAUUGGUUACGUUAUUGGACAAUAUUGGGGACCAGUUAGAGGAGUUGACGUUGAGCAGGCUUGAUGGAUUGGAUUCUAAAGGCGUAUACGAUCUGUUACCUCAUUAUCUGCAUAGCAUCAAAUACUUGGAGAUAUCGUAUCCACAUAAAGAGGAACUUAUUGAUGAUGAUAUGAUUGUGAAUUUGAUGGCCAAUAAUGGUGAGCAUUUGGAGACGCUCAUCCUUGAGGGUUGUUCAUACUUGACUGAUCAAUUCUUAGUGUCUGGACUGAAGCCCUUUUGCCCAAAUUUAACGAAGCUUUCCCUAAAACUUUUGGAUCAAAUUACAGAUAAUGGAGUAACGCAGUUAUUUACUGAUUGGAAUAUCAAUGGAGGAUUGAUGGAUCUUGAUCUUACCAGAUGCAUUUCUCUCACUGACAACUCUAUUUAUAAGGCUCUUGAACACUGCUCUCAAACUCUUGUACAACUCAAGUUGAAUUCAGUGAAGGGUUUGACAAAAAAAGUAUUUCUUCGACUCUCAAGGAAUAUCCGAUUUCCUCUAUUGACGUCGAUGGAUUUAGGAUUUGUCAGAAGUGUUGACGAUUCUGUCUUGGCCAUAUUGUCCCGUAUCGCGCCUAAGCUAUCUAUAUUGGAAAUAUAUGGAAACAGCAGGUGCUCUGAUAAGGCGAUAGUUAGAGGGGAUCUUAGAAUUAUAGGUCGCGAGACUGACAGUAUAUAA